AUGAUCAUUGAUUGCAGCAAACUAAGUUUGCUAAUUGCCAACUUAAUCUUAGGCCGCUAUAAUGCAGUUUUACCUUAUGUCUUGCCAGCGGAUUAUAACAUGUUCGUUGAGGAGUACAGGAAAGCUCCUCAAAGCACUUGGAUAAUGAAACCUUGCGGCAGAUCUCAAGGGUCAGGCAUUUUUCUCAUCAAUAAACUGUCGAAGCUGAAACGAUGGUCUAGGGAAUCUAAAACGCCCUUCCAACACCAACUAACUAAAGAAAGUUACGUAAUAUCGAAGUACAUAGAUAAUCCGUUGUUGAUUGGUGGUAAGAAAUUUGACUUGAGGCUGUACGUCCUGGUGACAUCGUUCAGGCCGUUAAAGGCGUAUCAAUUCAAGCUUGGUUUCUGCAGAUUUUGUACAGUCAAAUACGAUUCAAGUGUUACAAAACUGGACAACAUUUAUGUACAUUUAACAAACGUAUCAGUACAAAAACACGGGGGUGAGUAUAACUCGAUGCACGGAGGUAAAUUAAGUGUGGACAAUCUGAGGAUUCAUUUAGAAAGUACUAGAGGAAAAGUCGUGACUGAUACGUUGUUUAAUCAAAUCAGUUGGUUGAUCAUUCACUCUUUAAAAGCCAUAGCUCCAGUUAUUGCGACGGAUCGUCAUUGUUUCGAAUGUUAUGGUUACGAUAUUAUUAUCGAUAAUAAUUUAAAACCGUGGCUGAUUGAGGUGAACGCUUCUCCGUCCCUUACAUCAACAACUGCGAACGAUAGGAUUUUAAAACAUAAACUGUUAGACAACAUUUUUUCAAUUGUCGUUCCACCGAAUGGGAUGCCCGAUGUCAGAUGGAAUAAAAUUCCAAAUCAGGAGGCCCUGGGUGAUUUUGAACUUUUAAUCGACGAAGAGGUCAUCAAUAUGAAUAAACUCUAAACUAAAUCAUAUAAUGAUACAAUCAUAUUGUAUAUUUUAUUGCGAAUACAUUUGUUUUAAUGUU